GCAUGUAUAAGAACCAGUUGCAGGAACUUGCUCAGAGAAGCUGUUUCAACUUACCAUCUUAUGCGUGUAUCCGGGAGGGGCCGGAUCAUGCUCCAAGGUUCAAGGCGACAGUUAAUUUUAAUGGAGAGACCUUUGAGAGCCCGACCUUCUGUUCCACGCUGAGGCAGGCAGAGCAUGCUGCAGCUGAGGUAGCUCUGAACACCCUCUCGAAGAGGGGCCCUUCUAGAUCACUCGCUGCAAAAGUUCUGGAUGAGACUGGUAUUUACAAGAAUUUACUUCAAGAAACAGCUCAUAGAGCUGGGUUGAAAUUGCCUGUUUACACCACUAUUCGAUCUGGACCGGGUCAUACGCCUGUCUUCACAUGCACAGUUGAGCUUGCAGGAAUGAGCUUUACUGGGGAUCCUGCCAAGACCAAGAAGCAGGCUCAGAAGAAUGCUGCCAUGGCUGCCUGGUCUGCAUUGAAGAAAUUGCCACAUUUGGGUUCACCAUCAUCAUCAUCACCAACAUUGGAACAUGAGGGCAAUGAUGAACAAGAACAGGUCACUAUUGCUCGUGCUCUUGCAAGUUUGCAUCAGUCGCAAGGAAACAAGUUGAAUUUUCAAAAUGACCGUCAGCGUAAUCGGCGGAGGCCAGCUCCUAUUCGAAAAGAUAUGCAUCCAGCAGCCAAUAUAUCUUUCUAUCCAAUGCCUUUUCAGGGUUGGACAUACCCAAGUUUUUCACCAGAAGCAGCAAUGUACCAAAUGUGGCAGCAAGCACAAGCAUCUCAACAACAGGCACACUUGUUGACAUUACCAGCUCCCUCGCAUCCCAUUAAUCCGAGACUUAUCCCAACUUUACGGUCCGUAUACCAGCCAACUCAAGGCCAAUUCUUCCCAUCAGUUGAGCAAGAUUCUGUUAGUUCUGUCCCUUGCUUCACAGAAUCUGCUCCUGUGCUGCCAGUGUACUUCUCAGACUAUUCUGUAUCUGUUCCACCUAAAAGUCAGUCCCAGGUGACCAUACAAGAGAUACAGGAGGAGCAAAACCAAGGGGAAGGGAAGGAAUGGCUCAAUCUUCCAUCAGAAGCUGCAGUGUUCUCUUCAUUUGAUAUUUCAGAUUCUAAUCUUCCAUUGGAUGAUGCUGGUCCUGUGCCACAAGUUCAGGAGCCACUGGAAGAUAAAGAAGGAAAUGGUUCUCGUGGAAGCACAGAAGUAAUUCCUGGGAGACAAAUCAACAACGCUCCUGGUUUAAAGCCAGUUGUGCCUACUUCAAACCCAUCAAGGGUUCAAGAUUCAACAGAUGUUGUAAAGAUUCAGGAAAGUCAGCAGGUGGAGAGAAGCCAAAGGAAACCAUUUGAAUGGGUGCCUGGGGCAUCAAUCUGGCCUGGGCCAUCAACUCCAAACCGACCUCCAAAUUUGCAACAGAAUGUCAAUUCCUUCAACCAUACCCAGUCUGCCCUUGGAGUCCAUCAUCCAUCAUCAAGGAGUUCUUCCAGUCUACCCAGGGGAUUUAGGCCUCUUAUUGCAGCUCCAGGAACAGCAAGGACUGCAGUUCCAGCUCCAAUACGAUCAUCGAGUCCCAGAGCUGAAGCAUUGAGACCUCGAGUCCCAUCACUGGCUGCCCCUGUGACGAUCAGAACUGCUGUUCCUGUGUGUUCAGCAAGGCCUGGAGCAGUGAAUCCCAGCAGUGAGGUGUCUCGUGCCAGUUUCAUGGCACCUGCCGUCCAUGUCAGGUCUGUCAUACCAGUCUGUUCGGCCCCACCAUCAAGAAAACCUGACUCAACCCAAAGGGGUACCCAGGAGCCAGAAUGCAUUGCAGCAGUGAAUUCAGAACUUGGUGAGCUUCAGAUAUGAGCAACAGUUUUGGAUUAUUUAGCUAGACUUUGUAGGCCUAUCCAUUUGUUGGGUGUCUACCUCACUGUCUUGUAAAACUUUAUAAUACAUAGCUAGGUCUAUGGGAAUGUUAUGGGGUUGUGCUACCAAUCUGUGAGCUCAUUGCAUUCAUUUACACUGGUAGAGUUAAGAGAAUAAACAAAACAAUUCCAUUUAGAGUAUAUGAAAAAAAUUUUCUUUUGUGAUUGAGAAAAGAUGUCUGAUCGUACAGGGCCGUUCACCGAAAGUUUGAUGGCCUUUGUCACCAAGAACGUUGUUUCUAGUUGUCAAAAAUGACUGUCUGCUCGACAAUGUUUUUGAGCUUGAAAUUUGAUUAUUCUGUUUCACAA